GCACGUGUUGGCGUGCUAGCGACCCAUUUUGUGGCUCCAUAGCGCGCGGCGGCGCGGUCGCUCGUAUCUGGCAGGUCGCACCGCACCGUUUGGCGGGCUCUCGAGUCUGGAGGGCCGAACCGCCGAAUUCCUCCAUCCCCCACCCCGCGAUUCCCAGCCCACCAGUGUAAAUGCGGUAGGGUUUCCGAUUCCUUUCCGCGGUUCAGUCAGUGCCCACCCAGCGUGCAACCUAGGCGAGAGCCCUCCUCCGCUCCUUCCAGCUCGCUCUCUAGUCUGCACCAGCCUCGUCGCCCGCCGCCGGCGCCGCUAUGGGGAGGGGAAAGUUCAAGGGAAAGCCCACCGGCCGCCGCAACUUUUCCACGCCCGAGGAGAUCGCUGCUGGUACUUCAGGCCGCCCACGCACCUUUAAGAAGAAGGAGGAAGAGGAAGAGGAGGAACAUGAAGAAAGAGAAGAAUCCGAGGAGGAAGAAUCUGAAGACGAGUCUGACGACAAACCUAAACAUAAAGGUACUGAGGGUAUUAUUCAGAUUGAAAAUCCAAACUUAGUGAAAGCCAAGAAUAUAAAGGCCAAGGAAGUUGAUCUUGGGAAGACAACUGAACUCUCAAGGCGUGAAAGAGAGGAGCUUGAGAAACAAAAAGCUCACGAACGUUAUAUGAAGCUUCAAGAGCAAGGAAAAACAGAACAAGCACGGAAAGAUUUGGAACGUCUUGCUUUAAUAAGACAGCAAAGGGCUGAUGCUGCAAAGAAACGCGAAGAGGAGAAAGCUGCCAAGGAGCAGAGGAAGUCCGAAGCACGGAAGUAACAGCAAUAAUCAUGGACCACGAGUCCACGAAGGCGUUGCAUAUUUAUUUCUAAAUGCAUCAGUUAUCUUCUUUUUAUAAACCCAGUCUCUAUUCUAUAUUUCCAUAAAAUAUGCAUUGACAGCAGUAACGUGGUCUUGUGGUCGUGGCUUCCUAUAAACUUGAGCUUGGCAAAAUUGAAAAGUAGUAUGAUCAGCUUGUGCGAAA